AUGGCUCGAGCGAGUGACUCGAAGCAGGCCUUGCUGCUGAACCCCGAGUUCUGGACGCCCAAGCAGCUGGAGGAAUGGCUCAAGCGCUUCGAGGACGGCCGCUACGCGCGCUUUGUGGCGCCGUUGAAGGGCCGCAAGGGCGCGGAGGUCGUGCGCUUCACCGCCGCGGACUGGGCGCAGCUCAACCCUCAGGACCUGGCCACGAGUCUGCGCUUCACGCUGCUGGGGAUGGUGCAAGUAGCCACCAGCGACGACACGCUGGCUAUCGUCACCGACUUCGUGCCGCUGGCCAACUCCCCGGGGAGGAUCAAGCGCGAGUCGCCUCACAAGACGAUCCCCGUCAAGUUCCCGCCCAUGGUGGAGGUGCCGUCGGUGCCCAUUAUAGUGAGCUGUGUGCUCGUGGUUAUCCUGAUUAUUUUGUGCUUCACGGUGCUGAAAGGACCGUUGGAGGACAUAGGCAUCGACUCGGCCAGUCUGGUCACGUACGGCUCGAUCCCUCUCGUCAGCGUGGUGUUCACGUACUUCCACAUUUGGGUGGCGCUCUGGAUGACGUUCUACCCGUUGGAGUACACGGGCUGCAUGCAGAUUCCCGACACGAAUACGGGCUUUGGAUGGCAGGGCAUUGUCCCCAGUAAAGGCGAGAAGAUGGCGCGACAGGCUGUGCAGAUCAUGACGCACCAGCUGCUGCAGGUGUCGGAGGUCUUCGCUCGCAUUGAGCCGGCGCAGGUCGUGAAGGAGCUCGAGCCGAUCCUGUUUAACACUAUUCACACGGUCGUGGAGGAUAUGGCGCUCAAGUACAGCCCCGAGUUGUGGGCCGUGCUGCCCACCAAGGUGAAGGAGGAGAUCGUCGAAAAGCUGGCCUUCAUCCGGAACUCGGGUGCCUACAUGGGAGGACUCUUCGGCCUCAUGCAGAUGGGUAUCUGGUUCGUGUACUCAGACCCGAUCGUGGUGUUCCCCGUCAUCGGCUUGCUCGUGGGUACCAUCACCAACUGGCUGGCGCUCAAGAUGAUCUUUGAGCCUGUGAACCCCAAGAAGUACUGUGGCAUCACGUUCCAAGGACUUUUCCUGCGGCGUCAGAACGAGGUCGCGGAGGUUUACGGCAAGAUGGUGGCGCGUGACGUGCUGAACUCGCGCAACAUCUUCGAGGCGAUCUUGAAGGGGCCGUACUCGGAUCGCCUGUUCGAGCUCGUGUACGACAAUGUCCAGGAGGCUGUCAACGCCGCCACUCAGACGACGCAAAAGAUUAUUAACUUCAGCAUCGGCGAGGAAAUGUACGCCAACAUCAAGGAGGAUGUGACCAACCACAUCGUCGAGAUCUUCCCGGAUAGUCUGCGCCAGAUCGAGGGUUACGCUACCGUCGCCAUGGAUCUCGAGGUUACGCUGCGCGAGAAGAUGAAGAUGCUGAGCUCCGAGCAGUUUGAAAACUUGCUGCACCCGAUCUUCGAGGAGGACGAGUGGAAGCUCGUGGUCAUGGGAGGUGCACUAGGCGUUGUGAUCGGCAUCGUCCAAGUAUUCCUUAUCGAACACUAAGGAGAAGGGAGUAGUGAACACCUUCAUCGUAGAUCGGACUGCGGAUGAAAGAGGGCUUCCCUUGAUGCGGAUAAAUUAUCAAUUCACGUGUAUUCAUUUU